AUCGACGCAGAGCUGCUCAAAGCCUGGGGUAUGGUCCAGCCUCCUGUUGGCCAUCCGGCCGCGCCCUCGUACCAGCGGUACGAUCGCGCAGCUAACAGCGGACGGGGCGGCUGGACCUUCGUUCCGUACAACGAAGCCCAUCCCGUGCUUAAAGGCGGUGAGAUUCAUAUUCGUACUCUCGGCGAAGAGGGCGAAUGUGAACUCGAGGUCAAGCAGCGGAUCGAUGGUCGUAUUUCCACCCCGCAGAAGACCUUCCGCUCUCUCCUAAAGGAAGAGCACGACUAGGGCAGACAUCCGAUUACCUGCCUUCCUCGGGCUCUUGCAGCCCCGCUGUGGGGAACCCACAGUGGCCUCACGACUUCCGUGUCGUCGAUCUCGCGCCGUACUUCGACAGCUGGGACGCUAUGGUCAAGGAGAA